UGUAGCAGAUCGUUUGUGGUUGUUUUGUAACUGUUCCUAACGGACUUGUCGGAGUUUGUCGCGGAGGGAUCCACACGCCGCUCGACGGUUCUUGGAGCGGAGGGAGAUUUGAAAGUGUUGUUCUUUUGAGCGUUGAUAAUCUUCCGUGUUUUGCACAUGUGUCAGCGAUAGACGCGUUUUUAUUAUUUAUUUUAUUUCCACACGCAGACGUCCCGUGUGAGGAAGUGGGGGUCACCACAUACUGAUGGCAGCAGAAAAGCUGGACCUCGUUGGCCCUGAUGUGGAUCAACAGGAGAAAACGCUCCCCCCCUCGGAGGAGGAGGACACCCCCCUCGUCUCAGAUGAACCUUCAGCCCCCCUGGAUUUCUCCGAGCUCACACCUCUUCAGUUUGGCAUCUCUGUGCAGAGUUUCUCCCCGAAGUUAUCUUCAAACUGCAAAGAUAAGUCUCUUCUAGCACAAAUUAAAGCAAGGAGGAGAUCCAACAUCGGAGCCCGGGGCUCCCCAGAGACAAACUCUCUCAUCCGGUUCAUGGCACAACAGAGGAUGAAGACUCCCCCAGCUUCCCGGACUCCAGAGCUUGUCAGAAGUAGCCCCUUCCUUCCCCGGGUGGCCUCCACUCUGAGGCAGAAGAUGGCCUCCUUCCAGAUGCUGAUGGAUGUGGCAGAGAGUGACGCCUGUGAUCUGGCGGCGGCGGCGGCGCAGGACGGCGACACUGGAGGAUGCAUCAGGACAAGAGAUUAUCUGUCUGAUGGGAGCAGCCAUGAUGCAGGCAAAGAGAACAACCCACCAGCGACACCCACACCCAGCAAGAGGAGGCGUCUGGGCCCCCUGGAAGGCUGCGGCGAGGAGAUUAGGGAGGCCGGCGCUCCUAUCCUGCACUCCAGUCUGAAGGAGCAGGAGGUGACUGAAGCCCGGGCGACGCAGGAUGUGACAGAAGGACCGCUGCCGUCCAGUGGGGCUGUGGAGGAAACCCCCGCUGCGCUUAUUCCUCAAACCCUGGACGCUAACUUUGAUUUCACUCCCUACUCGCCUUCAAGGAAGCAUCAGGACGGCGUGUUUGAAGUCCAAAGCCCCAGCCGCCCACCACCUGUUGCUCCUGCAGCCGCCACGCCGCCCCAGCCGUCCUCCCCCUUCCACAUCCCCCCGUUCCCUUCGCUGCUGGAGAUGAAGCCCACAGACGAGGAUGGGACGAUGGAGGCCAGGAGGAAGAAGGUCCGCUUCGGAGCCCCCCUCUCCCCCGAGGUGUUUGAUAAGAACCUUCCUCCCGACACGCCGCUGCGGAAAGGCAGCACGCCGGCCCGGCCCGCCACGCCCGGAGGGAGCCUCCAGCUGCGCUCGGCGCUGAAGACGCCUCAGAGGAGCGCCUCCCGCACGCCGCAGUCCCAGCCGAGCCUCGGCAGCCCCGACUUCGGCGCUUCGCCUACAUUUUCUAUUCCCUGCAGCCACCGGCAGGGAUCGGAGAUUGUUUUCCCUUCAGCCGAGGAGAGCAGCUCUCCAUCGACGAGCGAUCCAGAGUGUGUGUGGGACGCCCUGCCUGUGAAUUUAAACAGCGCCUUCCAGGAGGAGAGUCUCUCCCAGACCGAGACAGAGACGAGUGAAAAACCUGAAGCAGCUGUUGAAGAUUCACCUUCAGCAAAAUCCAACAAAAGAACAAAGGACUCACUGACCUGCCGUGUUUCCGUCCAGACGGGACCAGAUCAGGAGCCGGCUGCUGCCGCUUCGUCCCGACCAGGAGGCAGAAAGAGGAAGCAGCCAGAGGAGGAAAGCCAACCUGUGAAGAGGUCGACGCGCUCCGCUGCCAAGUCGGCCUCGACCAAGAUGAAGACGACCUCGGGACGAGCUCGGCAGUGGAGCAAGGACGUGGACCGCUCGCUGUACGGCUCGCGCGCGUACGCCUCCAAAAACCCCGACCUGAGUCCCAUCAAAGAGCUGGCGCGGAGGAGCCAGUCUCAAGCGGCGGCGCAGACAGCCACAAACCACGACGCUCUGCAGAACCCUGAGGCUGAUCCCAGCUCAGCGGCGGGGAAGAGCAGGACGCCGCUGGGGCUGAAGGCUCGAGGAAGAGCUCAGAGGAAGAGGAAGGUAACUAUUCCUGAAGAAAGCCCGCUGAGCGAGGAGAAAGAAAACUGCGAGGACCAAACUGCGGCGGACGUGGACGCAGCGCCGGGAACGCAGCCAGAACCCGACGCGCCUCGCCGGGGAGACGCCGAAGAGCCGAGCGCCGUCACCUCUGAACCGACACCCUGCUCCAGCUGGGAGGGAGACCCAGACUCUGCCCUCGCUGCAGACAGCGAGCCGGUUCUGAGGAAAAGAGGCAGGAGGAGCUCCAGGAUCGUCCCGGUCCUGCAGGAGCAGCAGAACCUCACAGGGGAGGCGGCAGAGCGCCAGCAGGGAAGCCUCCAGUCCAGCCAGGAGGAGCAGAGUCCGUCCAGCAAGGCCCUGGCCCCCUGGCAGGACGAUUUUAACUUCGAGGACGUUUUCAAGCCGGUGGCCACCAGAGGGCAGCGCUCCGUGCGCCGCAGCCUGAGGCUGAGCUCCGCCGACCCCGAACACGGCGCCGGGCUCGCCUGGAUACCCCGGAACUCCCCGGACGAGCGCAGGAAGACCCGGGGCCGGCGGCUCAGCGCCGCGCUCCCCGAGGAGACGCAGGACGCCCCGUGAGACGGCCCGCCGCUCAUAAUGGACCCGGGUGUUAUCACACCUUCACCCCUCACUACUCUGUCUUAUCAAAAUAAAAUGAGAAGAAAAAACUUUCAGGGACGAUGCUGGUUGAUGUGCGGAGUUGAUGCUUUUGUUCUGUGCGAAUCCUCGGAGCUCGAUGGUAAUUUGUAACCGGUUUCCCUCCAGUAAGCGAGUGGGUCAAUACGGCGAGAGUCGAAUCAUCUCUGCUGGAUCAAUAUCCCAGCACUCAGCUGGUAGUCACACUGCAUCUCCAGUCCCCUUCUUUAAAGUCAUUAGAUGGAGCAUUUCCAAGCCAGUAUCUCCUCUGGUGGAGAGACGAAGAUGGCCGGAUUACAUUUCCCAUCAGUCAGCACCAAACUGGACGUGGCAGCGGGACAAAACUGAAAUCAGAUUCAUAUAAUGAAAUAAUUCUAUUACUUACUACCUUUUUUUUUCUUUCUUCCUUCAUAAAAGCAGUUUUUGUGUGUUUUUAAAAGAGUGAGUGAGUUAACUUGUCAAAAUGUGCUCUAGUUCUGAUUAAAAGCUUUGGCUCCCUGUGAAGACAACACAUUAGAGCAAAAUGUGUCCAUUUAGACU